GCUUUCUACAACUGAGUAACGGAAAAAAGAAAUGGCAAAAGCAACGACAAUAAAAGAUGCUCUAAAAAGAUGGGAGGAAAAAUAUGAAAUGAACCCUGCGGAUGCGACAGAUGUUAAUUUAUGUUUUCAGUGGCCUUUUAUAGAAAAAAUGGACAAUUCAUUAGCUGUCCUGGUUAACUGCAGGAAACUUUCACUGUCUACAAACAUGAUAGAGAAGAUUGCAGGUGUGAGCACACUGAAAAAUUUAAAAAUUCUUUCUCUGGGAAGAAACUACAUUAAGGCUUUCUCAGGACUGGAAGGUAUCGGUGACACAUUAGAAGAGCUAUGGAUAUCAUACAAUUUCAUAGAAAAGAUUAAAAGUGUUUCCUUUUUCAAGAAGCUGCGGGUGCUGUAUAUGUCAAAUAAUGUCGUUAAAGACUGGAGUGAAUUUAACAGACUACAGGAGAUUCCACAUUUGGAGGAUCUACUAUUUGUUGGGAAUCCACUGUAUGAUGCAUUAGAAGAGGCUCAGUGGAGAGCUGAGGCAACACGAAGGUUACCUAAUCUUAAGAAGCUGGACGGGGAGCCCGUUAUUAGGGUGGCUGGGGCUGCACCUGCAGCCGAUGCAUCAGCUGAUUAGUGGAGGGAAACCUCUUGCACUGCAAAACCAAAUAAAGCCUUUGCUCUAUCAGUGGCAGUAUUGUUGUUCUUCCAACAACGUCCACAUGAAAUAUACCAGCCUCAAAACGCAGAGUAGAAUUUUGUUUUCAAGCUCUGCCAUUAAAAGAAAACUAAAUAAUUAAGGAGUGAAAGGAA